GGUAUUAUUGAAAGCCUGCUAGAAAUUCGUCCAGAUAUGAAUGUCAUCAUGGCAAAUCAAGGUUUAUUCGCUUGGUUAUUAAGACGUUUACAAAAACGUCCAAUUUAUGAUAAAAAUAAAUUAUAUGUUAGUGAAUUAUUAUCGAUCCUAUUGCAAAUGGAUGAAAUGAAUCGUCGUCAAUUGGGUGAAGUAGAUGGUAUCGACAUAUUGUUACAACAAUUAUCUGUUUAUAAACGACAUGAUCCUACAAGUCAAGAAGAGAUUGAAUUAAUGCUAAAUUUAUUUGAUUGUUUAUGCAGUGCAUUAAUGUUACCAGAGAAUAAAGAUCGAUUUUUAAAAGGUGAAGGUAUACAAUUAAUGAAUUUAAUGUUACGUGAAAAACAUAUGUCACGUGACAGUGCCCUACGUGUUCUUGACUACACUUUAUGUCCUGUUUCACAAUUCACCGAUCAAACAACCAAUGACCCGCUGCAAUCACAUCAAAAAUCCACUGGGAAUACAACAGUCGAUGCUGAAGCUGUAGUUGUAGCGAAUUGUUCAAAAUUCAUUGAGAUUUUAGGUUUACGAACUAUUUUCCCAUUGUUUAUGCAUUGUCCACGUGAACAUGCCCUGCGAUCAACAUCGUGCGGGUCGAAAAUCAAAAAAGCCAAAGUGAUCAGUGGUCCUACAGCGGCUGAAAUGGAAGAACA